CGGUUGCCGUGGGAAACGACCCGGGACCUGGGAGGGAGUAAAGACGUUUCCCGCCGGCGGGAGCUGCCGCUGUGACUGAGAGGGGGUACCCCGAGCCGGCGGGGCCGAUUGCUGUGGCACCAUGGCGGACCAGCUGUAUCUGGAAAAUAUAGACGAGUUCGUCACGGACCAGAACAAGAUUGUGACGUACAAAUGGCUGAGCUAUACACUAGGGGUUCAUGUUAACCAGGCCAAACAGAUGCUGUAUGAUUACGUUGAAAGGAAGCGAAAGGAAAAUUCAGGAGCCCAGCUGCACGUCACCUACUUGGUAUCCGGCAGUCUCAUACAGAAUGGACAUUCUUGCCACAAGGUUGCAGUAGUGAGAGAAGACAAAUUAGAAGCAGUGAAAUCCAAGCUAGCUGUGACUGCCAGCAUCCAUGUGUACAGCAUCCAGAAAGCCAUGCUAAAGGACAGUGGGCCUCUGUUCAAUACUGACUAUGACAUCCUUAAAAGCAACUUGCAGAACUGCAGCAAGUUUAGUGCCAUACAGUGUGCAGCUGCUGUUCCUAGAGCUCCUGCAGAAUCCUCAUCCUCCAAAAAGUUUGAGCAGUCAAAUCUUCAAGUACCAAGUGAGACACAAGUGAAUAAUGAGCCUACUACCAAUGGUCAUGGCCCACCUGCCUCCAAGCAGGUUUCCCAGCAGCCGAAAGGAAUUAUGGGAAUGUUCGCUGCUAAGGCUGCUACUAAAACCCAAGAUGCCAACAAAGAAACAAAAACAGAGGCUAAAGACGUAACAAAUGCAUCCUCGGCAGGCACCAAGGCAUCUGGGAAAGGGAAUGUGAUGAGCAACUUUUUUGGAAAAGCUGCAAUGAAUAAACUUAAAGUCAAUUUGGAUUCAGAACAAGCAGUGAAAGAAGAAAAAAUAGUGGAGCAACCUCCAGUGUCUGUCACUGAACUGAAGCUGGCAGCUCCUGCAGGCCUGAAGAAAUCCAGCAGAAAAGCAGAGCUUGUUAGGAUGCAGCAGAAAGAGAAAAAAAGGCUUAAUUUAUUCCUGAAUGGCAACAGGGGGAAGCGAGUAGAUUUAUCUGAUGAUGAGACAAAGGAAACUGAAAACAUGAAGAAAAAGAGGAGAAGAAUCAAACUUCCUGACUCUGAUAGCAGUGAAGAUGAAGUCUGCCCAGACUCUCCUGGGGCUUAUGAAGCUGAGUCACUGUCCCCACCUCCACCUGGGUCUCCACCUCCUGAGUCAGUGCCGAAGACUGACCCCGAGCUUCCUCCUAUCAAGAGCUCAACUGGAGAAAACAGAAGAAAACGAAAGCGUGUAUUGAAAUCUAAAACCUUUUUGGAUGCGGAAGGCUGCAUGGUGACUGAAAAAGUCUACGAGAGUGAAUCCUGCACAGAUAGUGAAGAGGAGCUUACGAUGAAGACAGCCUCUGUACACAGGCCCCCUGCCAUGACUGUGAAAAAAGAACCCAAAGAGGAACGAAAAGGCCCCAAGAAAGGGACUGCUGCUCUGGGCAAAGCCAACAGGCAAGUGUCCAUCACUGGCUUCUUCCAGAGGAAAUAACCUGCAUUUCUGGAAGGCCAGAAACUUGGAGUGGUCAAGGGAAGAGACCAGGAAGAACCAGCUCUCUCGCUUACUGUGUAAGUGCAGCCACCUCCUCACCUCACCUGAAUCAAGACUGUACUUCAUCCUGUGAGGUUUAUACUACUUCUGGUUUUUAACCAAAAGAAAUCACCUAGAAGCAGGAGGCAAAAGAUUUAAAAAGCUGUUACCUUCAAUGCCAUAAGCACAACUUUGACCUGCCAGAAGAACUCAUUUCAAAGCUGAAUUGGAGCAGGUUUCAGCAUUACCACUGAGGCCACGCAGUGACCAGUUCACUGUCCUACUCAUCCUGUGUGCUGGACCUGCUCACGGCUCAGAAUGUAUUCCUGCUUGUUCCUUUGUGUUCUGUGAACUUGUGUGGGUGUUUUUUACCCCUCACUUCUACCAGAUGCGUCUACCAUUUCCCCAUCCUCCUCUCCCCGCUACUGCACUUCUGUCCCCUGUCCCCAUGAAGCUGUUUAUCUUUUCGUUCUUGGACUAAAGACUGACAGAAAAUCUCCUCAUAGUCCUCUUUCUCCGUUGUACAGCACACAGACACCUGACUACACCCCGGCAAGUGGCUUGUGUUCUACUUUCGCCCACAGUUAGUGUUAGGGAGAAGCCUUAAGCAGAACAGAAAUGGCAAUUUAUUGAUGUAUUCGGCUCCACAGAAGUGAAGGUCUAGGGGAGCUGUCACAUUGCUGACCCAGGCUGUGCUUUACCCUGCGCUGUGUGGCUUGUUGCUCCCCAUCCCCCCUCUUGGUACCAAGAGUGAGACCAUUCAUUGAGAAACCCUUCCUACAUAGAGCGCACAGUGGCUGAGACAUUUCUCCCUCUCCAGGAAGUGGAAUGUACAGAAACAGCAGCUUCCCAGGAAGUUAGUAGGGAAGAUAAGGUGCAUGUUUAAACAGAAGUGUUGCCCCUUUGUAUUUUCAUCUACCCCAUUUGCUUGCAAGUUCCAGCUCCCCAAGAGAAGACGGAGGGAGAUACUGAGUUGUGACAGGGUCUAAACAGGAAACAAAACAUUUUUGGCUGUUUUUGUGGAAAGCCACCUAUCAGUAACUUACAAGAGAUUUCCAUUGUGGCAGGCUUGGUGGUGAGCUGCGUGCAUUGAGCCGGAGUGGUGGUGGUCUUGCACAGGGAGCUCUGGGGAAGGAGCACAGGCUCGACUGCCCGUGUGACUCACCCGUAGCAGACAGCGAUGUCUGACCUGCCCCCCGCCCUCGGUCUGGUGUAUGUCGUAAGUGACGCAGUCUGCUGUGCGCUGCUUAAGGUUAGCAUUGCGACUGACCUUGGGAUUAACGCGGGCUUCUUUAGCAAUCAAGCGUGGACUUGAUUAAGACCAGAGGCUGGGAGAUGAGUCCUGGCGUCAUGUCCAGGACUUGCGAAGGCAGACGCUUUUUAUAUAGUAAGCUGAGUAAAGGUUGACGUGUUCCAAGAUGCUUUCUUUUUUAAAUGAAAAGGGAUGGAGACAAGGAUGGAAAGCCUGGACUUAAAGCUCGACAAAAAAAAAUAAAACUUCUGGAAAGGAAUCCCUUUUAAAUGGUUAUUUUUGUCAUUGCCUCUAGUCACUUUUCAAAAUAGGAAUGGAAAAUUAAAGAAAAAGCAACAACCUAGUCUCUCUCUUUUUCUAAUUAUUGUGCUGGGAUCUCUAAUAAAACUGAAUUUGAAUUGGAAAAA